ACGAUGGCCGCGGACCAGAUGACCGGACCAAUUACACGCUGUCUGAUCCGCUUCUCAAUUCGUUCCGUUGACGCGAUUGCAUCUGCUGGCCAAUCACCAGCAGCCAAUACAAAAUAUCUUAACUAAAGCCUUUUAUUCCCCCUGGCUGCUGCUGCUGGCUAAAAAAACACACAAUAACUCUAAAGCGAAGAGUAUAUCGGAGUAUAUAGAGCUCAGGGCAUAUUACUCAACAUCUCCACAUAGACACACACGCAUCGGAACCGUGACUAUUUGGACCGCCGGGCGGUUAGUUAAGACUCUUUUUUUUAAAUACAUAUCACUCGUCAGGCACGUCCGUGUUGUGUCAAUCCCAUCUCAAUCUUCUUUUACUGGCCUAUCUUGUUAAAUAGCUCAAUCUAUACUCUGCAGCACUAUCGCGCCCAGUCCCGAGUCUGUUUGCUAUGGUGUCUUUAUAAUCGCAAGUAUUUGAUCCUUGAUAGCUUUACAAUAUCUUGUUGGAUGAUGUACUAUUCGACUAUACUGUAUAGUUGUGAGAGUGUACGAAUUACGUAAGAUUAAUUCCGAGUCGGGAGGGCGACUGUUAUCUCGGCAUUGGUCGUGUUGACUUAGGGCUCAAUCAAUCUCGUUUUUUGGAGUCAUACUCUCAUUGUGAAUGAUGUGUUAACACUCCCCGGAUUUGAUGUGACUCUUUUGUAACCAUUUGUGACUCUACAAACACGACCCGCGGGAUUUUGUUGGUUUUUCUCUCGUCCCGUUAUCGUGUUGGAAAUCGGUCAAGAGUCGUGACUUGGCAAUAAUCACGAAAUAGUUUUCUCUCACUCCAAAUUUCGUUUGUGUUCUCUAUUGGCUUAUUGGAGCAUUUCAAUGCCAACGGCUCUGCGUUGACUGGGCCGCUUUUGAAACGUAUAGCAAUCGGUCGUCUGGUUAUUUUUUGGUUCUGCCGGGACAGAUACUGAUGGCCUUUUCCGUUGAAAAUGUUCCCUUCAGUUUGAUUUUCUUAUCAUCCAACUGUGUGUGUGGUUGCGAGACUAUAGCUCUCUGCAUGCUGAUGUAUUUAUAUAAUUACAAGUUGAAAAUAUGACAAGGACUGGCUGGUAGUUGGUGGUGGCCAUCGAAAUGCGUCGUCGUAAUCGAAGGAGCUUACCCGUGGCAGUAGGCGGCGGCCAAGGGGGCGAGAUGGCGGGAAAAGGCCACUUCAAACAGGAAAUAUGCGGCCGAUUGAUAACGAUAAUAUCCUGCCAACUCCUCUCUUAUAUUAUAUUAUAUGUACACGCGCUUGGAACAUAUUGUUUUGUAUACACACAUCGGAGAGAGACACAUACGCAUUUCGUGUCAGUGUCGAGUCAGAGAGAAACUGAGGCAACAGGACAUUUGAUCACGGCUAUAAUAACGGCCGCUCUUCGAGUCUAUAGAUUCGUGAACCGGGCCCCAUGAUAUGGCCAGUACUUGACGGAGAUUGUUCGACGUCGCAACCACUUGUCACUCUUGUCUCAAUUAAUUUUUGUUGUUAUUAUUUUUCGGCCCGAGUUGGAUUGAAAGAUGGGCAGUAAAUCGUUCACCAUCGAUCACAUUCUUCACGGCCCUUCGGCUCCUGCUGCUGUCGACCCAUUGAUGACAUCCGUCGGCGACCACUCCACCUAUCCAGAUGUCCAUCCGCAGCCACUUGUUCCUUACUGGACAGGAGAUCCCGCCGCUUAUUAUCCGCCGUCGGGUUGGCCGAACGCUGCGGCCAUUUGGUUCCAGCAGCAACAUCAUCACGCUGCCAUGCCCGUUGAUCUCUCGACAGGAGCUCAACGUCCAGUGCCAACAACUGGGUCGAUUGGUCCGUCGUUAUUCGACAACGUGAGCAAUUGGAUGGCGAUGCCGGCGGCGGCCAUGACCGGAUGCUGGCCAAGUGCAGCCAGUCCUGAACUCUCAUAUUCCCACCACGGUUUAUCAACACCAAUGACGUCCGCUUCGGUCGCUUCCCCUUUCUUUCUGGCUCAUCCGCAUUCUCACGAUGCGGCCAUCCGGUUGGCAGCCAUGGCGGCCAGCAGACGUCAUCACCACCACCACUUGCCGAUUUUGCAUCAACAAGCGACUCGCAAAGGCGGCCAGAUUCGUUUCACUCACCGCCAAAGUCACCACCUGGAGGAAACGUUCAAUUCCACUCGAUACUUGACGCCCGGCCAAAGGAGGACGCUGGCCAAUCGACUUUCUCUCACCGAACGUCAAGUGAAAACGUGGUUCCAAAAUCGACGGGCCAAAUGGCGACGAACUCGCAAGGGCGAGAAAUUGUCGGCCAACGGAUUAGCCAAAGUCGCAGACGACCAGACGACGAUCGACAUCUUUGACGAAGAAGAAGAAAACGAAGACGACGACGACGACUUGGAGAUUAGCAGCGAAGAAGAAGAAGAGAAGCCGAACAAUCCAAACAAUCAAUAGUCAAUUGGAUUUUCAGGUUCAAAUGUUGACAUCCAACAAGAGUGCAGUGUCUGUGUGUACGUGUGUGUGUGUUUGUGCUCAAGGUGAACGCAACCACUUCAGGCUAAACGCGAACCCCUGGCACGACUUGGAAGAAAACGAUAAUAAGCGCAUAUUUUUAUUUCUUUCAUUUUUGAAUGCGGCACGUCAAUCUGCAGUCGUCAUUUCACCCUGGACUUGUCUAUACUGGACUUUGUAAGCUUUUUCGGCCAGCAGAAGAGUUAUGGACGCUCAUAUCGACCUGCCGUUGGAACCGAAAAUGGCUUCUGUUGUACCGGCGGACAAGGUGGAAGGGGGGAGAGAAAACCGCCACCAGUCAAACUGAUAGAAGACUUAUAGAUGAUGAUGUAAUAACACAAGGGAGAAACUGUUUCUCCCUUUUUUUCCCCCCUCUUAUUUCGGGUUGUCGCCAAAAGCUUUUCCACUCGAAAAUGAGAUGUUUCCUCCCACCCAGUACUCACGCCCCGCCCCUCUUAUCACUCGUUUCAAAGGCUUCCACGUUUAGCCUUUUUUUCCCCUUUCCGCGGUGUGUGUACAUACCACCCUGUACAAAUCUAUUUUUUUAACAAAUCAAUUUUUUCAAAUCAUCUGUGAUAAUCAUUCAUCAUUCAAUCAAUAAAUUCUUUGUGUCGACUCUA